AUGUCUGCUGCUCCUGAAAAGCAGAUCAUCCUCAUCACAGGUGCCACUAACGGCAUCGGCUUGGACAGCGCCAUAUACCUCGCAGCCGCCUCUCCCAACAACCACGUCGUUAUCGGCGCGCGUAGCCUUUCCAAGGGCGAAAAAGUGCUAAAGGAAGUCCAAGCCAAGAACCUUUCAGGCACUGUGAGUCUAGUCCAGCUAGACGCAAACGACGACUCUUCCAUCACCGCUGCCGCAAAGAAGCUCAAAGAAGAUUUCGGCCGCCUUGACGUCUUAAUCAACAACGCGGGCGUCUGCCCCGAAACCGCAGAAGACCAAUGGCCCUCGCGCGAAAACUUCCGCUCCAUCUUCGAAACCAACGUCUUCGGUCCCACGAUCCUAACCGAAACUCUAAUCCCCCUGCUCAAAGCCUCCAAAUCACCAAAGAUCAUCAAUGUCUCCUCCAGCCUUGGCAGCAUCGCGGCUAUCUCCGAUCAUUCCGGUUCCUUCUCUGCAGUCCCGUAUCCGGCGUAUCGCAUGAGCAAAGCGGCGCUCAACAUGCUCACGGCCUACCAGUACUACCAUUUGGAGCAAUUCGGCGUCAAGGUCUGGUCUUAUUGCCCCGGGUAUGUGGUGACGGAUUUGGGACGCGAUCGUGAGCAGAGGGAGAAGAUGGGUAUGGAGAGUUCGGAGACGAGUGCGCAAGGAAUCGUGGAGAUUGUGGAGGGGAAGCGAGAUGCUGAGGUUGGGACUUUUAUUGCGAGGCGCGGAGAGCAGUAUCAGUGGUAG